AUGGCUACCUCUGUACUCUCCAUAGCUGGUAACUACCUCGGAUUUGGAGGUGCAUCAACUCCCGCACACAAGAAGAGAUUCGUUCCUCUGGGAGAGACGCAGUAUGACAAGAACAGCUCUGUUCGCGCACCACCGGCUUCGUGGUAUACUWCUGAUGCCAUGUAUCAGUUGGAACGCCGCGCAAUUUUUUCAAAGCGGUGGCUUCUCAUGACCCACAAAAAUCGACUGAAGGAGCCUGGAGACUUUGUUCGUUACACCGUAGCCAACUACGACUUCAACAUUGCAGUCGAUCGCAAGGGCAAAGUGAACGCCUUUCACAACGUUUGCCGACAUCGUGCGUACCCUGUCGUCGAACAGGAGCAAGGCAACAAAAAGAUAUUCUCCUGCAGAUACCACGGAUGGUCAUACGGACUUGACGGCAAGCUGGCAAAAGCACCCGGCUACCAAGACCUCAAAGACUUCGACAAAACGCAGAACGGACUACUGCCCAUUCAUGUUCACAUCGAUGCCAAAGGUUUCAUCUGGGUCAAUCUCGAUUCCAGCCCAAAUCCAAUUCCAUGGAAGGGAGACUUUGACGAGGUAGACCAGCAACCAAGACACAACGCGGUCGACUUUAACGAUUACGUGCUUGAUCACACCUAUUCGAUGGCAGGCGAUUUCAACUGGAAGCUCUGUGCGGAGAAUUUCAACGAAUGCUAUCACUGCCCUACGACACACCCAGAUAUUCCAACGUUCUUCGAAGUCGACGCCCACGACCUAUCGGCAAAGGAUGGACACAUGCAACACGACUCUGGAACUACAGAAGAGCAGCGUCAAAAGGGGCUCAGCCUGUAUACCACAUACAUGUUUCCCAACGUCUCCAUGAACGUCACACCCCAUUUCAUGAUGAUCCAGAAGUUCCUUCCGUCGGGUCCAACCACAUCUACUAUGAGCUAUGAGAUCUACCGCAACAGGAACUCGACUGAUGAGGACUUCAAGCUGAUAUCGGAGUGCUAUGCACGUGUCAUGGCAGAAGACAAAGCUCUUAUUGCCGGACAGCAGAAGAACCUUAACGCAGGAGUCUUUGCAAGCGGAGAGAUGCAUCCGAAGUGGGAGAAAGGUCCGAUAUAUUUCCAGACCCAAGUACGGUCCGCUAUACUAGAGCAUGUUGAGUUGGAGAAGCGAGAGGGAGAAGAAAUAUGGCCAGCAAGACACCAGCCUUCGAAUCCAGACGAAGUGAGCCAGGCUGAUAUUGAUCUUUGCAAGACCCUUGAUGCAAACUGCGGGAAAGGGAAGGACUUCGAGUGGAACUUUUGUCAGCAGCCAGAUUUCAUUUUCAAAUCGCCCGACUUCAUCCCUCACUUCAACGACUUCCUUUUAGCGAAUUUUAUCAACAUGGCAGCUAAAACUCCGAUCGCCGCCAUUUUCGAGAAUCUUGUAGGCUCCUGGAAGCUCCGGAGGUCCCUCAACAGCGCGUUGGCCGGAUUUCCCAGUGGGAUUUUUGAAGGGACUGCGACCUUUCGUGCUCGAAAGCCCACCGCUCAUACCACUGCCGGGGAAUUGCUUUACUCGGAACAAGGGGAGCUAAAGAUGGAAAAUGGCCUUGUUCUGAAAGCAAAUCGAAAGUACGUCUAUCGAUACAGUUCCGAUGAAGACAAGAUUAGCGCGUGGUUCGUGAAAGAAGAUACGAAGCAAGACGACGGGAAGGAAGAGGUCGAUGAUCUUUUCCACGACCWUGAAAUCAACUCUGCCGGAACUGGCUGGACUGGUCGUGGAGAGCACCUGUGCUCACUGGAUAUGUACUGGGCAUACUAUGAGUUUCGUUUGCCCAAGAUCGCCGAAGAAGGCAAUGAGAUGAACGUGUUCGGCGUCAAGUAUAAGGUCAAGGGACCACAAAAGGACUAUACGAGUGACACGGCGUAUCAGCGGAUCAUGGAUGAAGAAUCUUCCUCUCUUCUUUGA